AUGUCUUUAUCCGCCGCAGCCGCUGCGAACCCGCACCACACGCUACAAGCAGCGCCACCCCAAGCUUCCCCCGCGCUCCCCUCGUCGUGCACCGCAGCCGCGCGUCCCCGUCGUCGCCGACGCAGCAGCCACGGCCCGUUACAAGGCGUGGUCGCGAUUGUUGACGUCCGUGUCGGUGCCGACGCGCAGAUCGAUUGCAGCGACGUCGUGGCUCGGAAACUGCGGGAGCUCGGGGCGUGCACCGUGAAGCGCUUCACGCCCAAGCUCACGCACGUGGUGCUGAGCCACUUGACGCCCGUGUGGAAGGCCAAGAUCGUCAAGUGGCAGACAGGAGGAGGGAGCGGCGCUUCUGCUGUAGCUGCUGCUGGUGUUAGUAGAGGGACGCGGUACGAGCUGCACAUUGUGUCGCAGCUCUGGGUGAACGCGUGCUACGUGAGCAAACAGAAACGGGACGAGCGGUCGUUCUUCCCCGUGCGGCAGCAGCAGCACGUGGUAAUGGACCGGCAAGGGACAAGUGGAGCGGCGGCGACGCUUUUGAUUGGACGAGAAGCAGGACCGCAGCAGCAAAAACAGCGUCGACGAGGCCGUCCGUCGUUGGGACAAAACGAGACGCUGAAGCUUGGAAAGGGACGGAAUGUGGUGGUGCUGCCGCUACAGGACAACGAGGAACGAGAGAAGGCGAGCGGAAAUGGAGGAGAGAAGAAGGGCUUGGAUUAUGUGGCAGUGGAUCUAUUGACGCCGUCUCCUGUAGGUCGUUCCAAGGUGAACAAGACGCUGCAGAGAGGUAAGAGAAAAAUGCGCGCGCACUCGAUGGAGCCACUGGCGUCGGACGCAAUUUUGAAAUUACUGGGGGACAAGGAGUCAGUGGCUGGAGGGGAGGAGAUUAUUAGUACACCAGUAAAGCAAAUGAUUCGAUCGAGAUGCAAGACGUCGUCGGUAAAGCGGAGAAAGACGUUGAAUGGACCACCGACGCAGCAGUAUGAAGACGAUGUGACGGCAUCCCAGGCACAUGGGAUUGAAGCAGAGAGUGCUAUAGAGAUUGACAAGAAGAGCGGAAUGGUGGAGGAGAGCAAUCUUGACGGUGUUGUGGUACCGGACUGCCAAGCUAGUCUCUGUUUAUCUGGUGCGAGUUCUGCUCUUACCCCGGAUGGCAAAGAACUUGGGGCUGGCAGUACGCCGGGAGACAGCAGCAAGAGUCCGAAGAGAACAACAGCACGAGAAUUGCGGCGUCGCAACAGGACUUCGCUUUCGUAUGGCAGCGGACUAACUCUGAAAACGGGUAUCUGGUCAUGUGCUGCAUGCGGCUGCUCGAAUCCUCGCACGCAUCGAUGCUGCACAGAUUGUCAAGGCUUGAAGGGAGUCGCAAAAUCUACAAGCGUUGGUAGUAUCGAUCCCGUGUCACCCGUUGAGAUUGCAAGCACAAUGGCAGAUGUACCUAAAGCACAUCUUGCGACGUCUACAAGCACAUUGGCGAAUGUGACUGAUGCACCUCCCGUGACCCCAUCAACUCCUGCUACACCAGUAUCAACGACUCCGAAUCUUACUGAAGCAAUAAGAUUGUCAACUUUCGCUAUCAAACUCAAGAGGUCUAGCAGCUGCCUAUCCGUGCCCGGACGGAACUCAUGGUCGUUGACUCGACCAACUGCGAGCUCAGCUGCAAAAGCCCGUACUCCAAGUCCGUCAGCAUCCAAAGUUCCGCGGGCGGUACUGAGGUCUUCAGCUUAUGGUACCGGAACGUGUGGCGGGACUUUGAGCCCCGCCACUCGAGUCUCCACGUCGAAGCAUACGAAUAGGAGAGCCUUAGUAGCAAAUGCUUCAAUCUCGACUGUCGCACGAGUGCAGCAUUCUGUAGCAGAAAAGGCACUGCUAACGACAGGUGCGAUGAAGCUCAUGCAGGGCUCUGCUAAAAAGCGUUCUCGUCCGCCAUUCUCCAGCAAUUUAUUGACAACCCCAGUCGUGAAAAAAGCGCGACGGAACAUAAACACGGAAGACUUAACAAUGGACAAGCACUUGGCAACUCCAGGCUCAGUGUCGGGAUUUCUGAAGAAGCAUCGGGACGUGAAUUUGGCUCCAAUUUCCAUGGCUAUGAGUUUUUCCAGUACAAUCAAUUCUCAGAGGCCUGCGCGCAGUGUAAUAGGUAUAACUGGAGUAAGCGCAGAAUUACGCGGAGUGCUGGAGUGUGCAAUUCACGCCAUAGAUGCCAACAUGACAAAUGACACUGGGUACCGAAAGGCACGCAUGGUGAAAAGCGUGGAUUACGCGGCUGGAGUGACCCACCUUAUAGUUGGCAAAGGCGCAAAACGCACCAUUAAAGUGCUUUUCGCCAUUGCUCGUGGAGCCUGGAUUGUAUCAGAAGACUGGGCAUUUUCGUCCCUUGAACAAGAGCGGUGGUUGCCAGAAGAAGAUUUUGAGCUGACGAUGUUUGCAAACAAGUACUCGCGUGAGCAUCCGGAGUCUCGGCAGAAAUUUAAGGGGAUGAAGUUUUUUGUCGGCCCAAAUGUUGAGCCAUCGCGCGAGGUUCUUCAGUCGCUCAUUCAAGUUGCAGGUGGAGAGAUAUGCAAUCAGAUUUCAGUGGCAGAUGUGUGUAUCUGCGGCGAUGCCUCACUGUUUCGACGAGCCCGGAGGACUGGCAUUCAAGCUGUUACCUCGAAGUGGGUAUUCGACAGCAUCGCAGCAAUGAAGCUUGAAGAUGAGGCAAAAUACAAUUUUACAGUGCCUAUGGACGUCCUGGCGAAAACUCCACUUAAAAGCCGUCAAGAUGUGGCCUCAGGGCUAGAAGCUCACUCUACGGUGCCAGAAUGA